UGGGAAAAUCCCGGCUCCCCUGAUACACGUGUGUCCUGAGACCUGUGAACGGCCCAGAGAGUGUUUGGCCCCGGUCUGCAGUUUCUUUGGGCCGACAGACUCGAGUCUGGCUGCCUCGGCUCAGCCGCAGGUCCCACAAAACAUUUGGGCCACAGCGGCCAGGCCGUGAACCAAGUGCCAGAAGAAGACCAGGUCAGAGCCGAGCCGACCGCUCUCGGGUCUCGUGUGUCGGGCAGUGGUGGUCACAAGUUCACGUGUGCAUGCAGAAACACUGAGCAGCUCGCUGCUGUGAGGUCACAUCGCUGCAGCAGAUGGAUUCUUUCAUGUUAUCUUUCCUGCACUCGUGCUCCACACAGACUUUAUUUUGCAUUUGACUUUUUAUCUUCUUCUACAUUUGCUUCCUGCUGAACGCUGAGAUCACAGCGUGCUCUGAACUUAAAGAACUUUUUCAUUUUGUUCUGCCUGAUGAAAUCUGAUCUGUUCCUGAGUCUGAGAGGAUUUUAGACCUUUGAACACAGGAAGACCUCCUUCUCUCACAGCAUCGGUGUUCUUCUGACCCACCGUGAACCCGAGGCGGUGUAAAGCCGUCGGAAACACAACGGCGAGCGGCGUGUCGGAGGCUCUGCUGAGACUGGGAGCGCGGGGCUCGUCAGCGCCCACAUGCUGCCUCUUUCGUGUUUUAUUCAGGAGUUUGGGUUCAAACUCAGCUCAGCCAAUCACGCUGAUCGCUGCUGGCAGAACUCCCAUCCUCUUCUGGACUACUUUCAUGCCGCUGCUUCUUCUGUUUCCUCCUUUAAAGACGUCUCCUUCUUUCUCGCGUCUGUUCUGGUCUUUAUCGAGAGUUUCAGAGCUUUUUAAAAGCACCUCAUCAACUUUUUCCCGUCUGCGCUGAUGUGUGGAGGAGCUGGAGGCAGGAACAGACUGAUGGAAGAUGACAUUUUAAAAGACAAAAACUGUGAACCUUUGGAAUGACAGAGGAGGAAGGAUCUAAACAGGAAAGAGCUCUUUUCUCUUUGGUGCAGAGCUCAGCUGGAGCUGGCAGUAAUGCUGAGUUCAGACGAUGUCCAUCAGGUCCUGGCUCCGUUUGAUUUAAUGACAGUGUCUCUGAGCCAUGAAACAGAAGCCUUUAUGUAAUCUCCUAACCUCACAGACGCACAUGUUUGUUGUUUGUUUCUAUAAAUUUGGCAAAACUUGACCCAAACACGUUGAGCCUGUAGCAGGAAGCGUCAGGUCAGACCGGAUUCUCACUGCUGUUAACCUCUGUAAACCUCAGAGACACCCGGGUCUCACAGUCUCGAUGAUCCUCGGUUUUCCUGCUGACGGGUGGGAAUAAAUGAGUCGCGGGUCAUUUGAAACGGGAAAUAUUCCAGGGCUUCACAUGGUCACGCUGAUCCAGCUUUCCUUUACAUGCUGCUCUGAGGCGAAGGCUGGCACAUAGAGCAGACUGUUUGUUCAGCCAGGCGCUCGAAGACGCUUGCUUCCUCGACUUCCGAACACCAGACGUUUAAAGUGAAGGGCUAAUGAGUGGGAAUUUUUCACUCUCCUCCACAGCGAUUUGAGGGGAAGUGUUAAAAGCUUUCAGACAGUGCGUGAAAUUCUUGCUCUGUGUUUGAGCUGCUGUUGUUUGCCUGUGAAACAGGCCCAUCGUACCUCUGAAAAGGGGAACAAAGCUCCUGUGUUUGGGGCCGAGGGGCCCCUCAGGACCCCUGGCUGUCAGGGGUUUUAGUCCUAAUGGGAAGAAACAGAGAGAAGCCUUACUAAGGUUUUAUUUUUCUUUAAACUUAGCUCUUAAAGUUGACUGAAGGCUUGCUCAGAGUAGAAGUCAACAUCACUGAGAAACAGGAGCCAGGCUCAACAGGCCUCAGGGGUGGGAAAAUCCUGCUCACAGGGACGUUUCCCAGAGCCUGCUGGUCAUUUCUGCUUGAAAUCAUCAGCUUGACCAGCAAUUUUGUGGCGGACUUUUCAGAAUCCACAAAUCUGCAUUGCACUCCAAGCACUCAGGCAACGUGGACGUGGUUCACCAAAGGUCCUAAACCUGGAAACAGGACACCUGGUGAAAUGGCUGAUCCACACAUGAAUCCAGUCCACAACCAGGAGCUAAACCCUGCCAGCCUGUCUCACAGUGCUUUAGGUCAGCCUCAGUGAGUGCACAUGAAAUAGAUUUGCAUACUUUAAGAUAAAGAUAAUAAUUUGAAUGUCUGGCUUCACUCUGUAUCUCCUGCUUAUUAAAAGCUGUAACUGUUGCAAAGUAAAUUAAAAAACUUAAAUAACUUCAAAUCCAAAUUAAAAGCUAAUUAAACAGAAUCAACAGUCAGCUGAUCUGUGAGUCGGACGUGUGGUGAUGAAAAUAGAUAUUGUGAUAUUGAAUCAUUUGGCUGACUGGAAGCAUGUAAAUACAGAAUAUUAGAGGAGCUGAAACGGAGCCCUGUGGAACUCCACAGCUGUUCAUACAUGUGCUGCGUCCCAUCUAAAGAUAAAGACGUGAUCAUAUCAGUAAACACUGGUGUGAUGGAUAUCUGAGGCGUAUAUGUGAGUUUUCUUUGCUGCCUCGUGGUUGGUCAGCCACAGAUAUUCGGCAUUCAGUCCAGAGAGCAUCUUUUAAUCAGCGGGCCUCUCCUCUGUCAGCCCACCAGAGCAGCCAGGACUCGUUUCCUGAAUGAAACACUUUAACUCAGAGCCCCGAAGGCUGGACUCAUCCCGCGGAGAGCGUUUGGCCUCCUGGGACAGAUUUCCUCCUCUGAGUCUCGGUGGUUCUGUUCUGGACUAAUUAAACCCAUUCCGGGUCGCUCAGCCUCUGGGACACUGCUGAACUGCUGCCGGCUCCUUGCUUUUCGCAUAAACACCUUCUCCACAGUAAUGAGACUGGUGUCUUCCAACCCGCCACUGAGCGCGCUCACAGCAGCGGGGUAGGAUGCUGCAAUGGUUCUGUCUUCACUUUUUAUAGAGGCUUUGAAAUGGAAACGAGACCAUAAUGAAUUUCAUCUGAGGCUACGUCCUGCGUGAGCGUGCAGCGGGCUGAUGGCUGCUGGAGCUUUUCUUUAUUUGCUGUUACGUAACGGAUGUUCUGCACUGCGCUCUCUGCUCGCCCGCUUUCCUCUUUUGUGAGCUUCGAGCUCGAGUCUUUUCUUUAUGUCCGUGCAGCUCAGGGGUCACGUGACCGAAGGACUGCACGUAUGUUUCCAAGUGUUCCGUGUCCUCUCAGCUUCAGCGCUGUAAACAUGUCAUGCAUCACGGAGGCUCUUCGAGGUCGCAGUGUUUCUGCAGGGGAAAGUACGGUGGCCCUGAAGAGCAAAGCACGACAACACAAACACUGCUCUAACCUGUUCUGAGCGGCCACCUGUCCCACAUGCUCACAUAAGCCUUAACGUUUACCCAGAAUGCACUUUGUGAAUUAUCAAACAUCAUGUGUCUGCGUCACAGACGUGAAACACCGUGGUGGAUUCUUCGCAGAGAUGCUCACAGCUUUUGUUUUCAGACAGACUCUGCAGGUUUUCACAGAGCUCAGCAGCCCUGUGAGAGGUCUGAAAACACAGCAAGAAUAUGAAUUUCCUCCUAAUUAAAAGCGUAAAACUAGACCACUCCGAGGGGCACACCUUCUGAGGGUCAGUGCCUUAUUUUGCCAUUUUAAAGCGAGUGAGUGAGAUAAACGCCUACAUUUUUGAAGGUUUUCCUCCGUCCUGCUGCUCCGCCUCUCCAUCGGGAGUCAUGAAAUGGUAUUUAGCGUCUUCUUUUAUUAUUAUUCUACAAAAUUUUCUGUGCAUCUGUGGCUCCAGUCUGCUCAUUAACAACAACUUAAUUUCUGGGCUCUGCUGCAGCAGCUUUGCAUGAGUCACAGCUCAAAAUAAUCCUUCUUUAUCUUAUCCUUGGCCUUUGUGCUGUUCUUAGGUUCAUCCUGUGUUUAAACACGAGCUGUUUUGACUCCUCCCCGUUUAAGGACUUCCUCUUUUUAAAGACUGGCCAACUUCUGGAAGCCUGCUGACAAGAACCAGCCAGGAAGUGAGUUUCAAGCACUGGAGCUAAAGUCGGAUGGACUUCUUCAGCUCUUAAGAUUACCAUAACCUGGGUGAUGAAGAGCUUACAGACAGCUCAGGAAGCGAGUGUUGGUGUCUGAGUCGUUGUUUCCACACGUCUUCGUUCCUGAAGAGCUGCUGGGCUCCACUAAGAGGCUGAAUGUGAACUACCAGGACUCAGAUGGGUUCUCAGCGCUGCACCACGCCGCUCUCACAGGGACGAGCGAGCUGCUGGCGGCGCUGCUCGAGGCUCAGGCCACUGUGGACAUCAAGGACAGUAACGGAAUGCGCCCGCUGCAUUACGCAGCCUGGCAGGGAAAAGCCGAAUCGGUCCUGAUGCUGCUGCGCUCCGGAGCCUCGGUCAACGGCGCCUCGCUUGACGGCCACAUCCCGCUGCACCUGGCUGCUCAGUACGGACACUACGAAGUGUCUGAGAUGUUGCUGCAGCAUCAGUCUAACCCGUGUCUGGUGAACAAAGCCAAGAAGACUCCUCUGGAUCUGGCCUGUGAGUUCGGACGAGUUAAGGUGGCCCAGCUGUUGCUGAGCAGUAACAUGGUGGUGGCGCUGCUGGAGGGCGAGAGGAAGGAGCCGACGGACUCGGCCUUCACCACCCCACUGCACCUCGCCGCUCGCAAUGGGCACAAGGACGUCAUACGGCUGCUGCUGAAGGCCGGCAUGGACAUCAACAAGACCACCAAGUCUGGAACGGCUCUGCACGAAGCGGCGCUGUACGGGAAAACUGAAGUGGUCCGACUGCUGCUGGAUGCCGGAGUGGACGUGAACAUCCGAAACACCUACAACCAGACGGCGCUGGACAUCGUCAACCAGUUCACCACCUCGCACGCCAGCAGGGACAUCAAGCAGCUGCUACGAGAUGCGACGGGUGUUUUGCAGGUCAGAGCUCUGAAGGAUUACUGGAACCUCCACGAUCCCACCGCCCUCAACAUCCGGGCCGGAGACCUGAUCACGGUGUUGGAGCAGCACGUGGACGGACGCUGGAAAGGCCACAUCCACGACAGCCAGAGAGGCGUGGACAGAGUGGGCUUCUUCCCUCCGACCAUCGUGGAGGUCAUCAGCAGGAGAAACGGAGGCACCCUGUCCCGGCACGCCUCUCUGCCCACCCAGCGCCAGCAGCUGCUGUCCAGAGCCCCCCUCUCCUCCAGCCUCAGCUCCGCCCCUCAGACUGACGACUCCUACACUCUGUAUGCACCCCCCACCCACGUGGUGCUGCCGCUGCCCAACGGCCUGACGACCAGCACAGGUUCGUCUCCGAGCCGUCUGUCUCAGUCUGGGUGUCCCUUCGAGGACAUCUGGGUUCUCAGGGACUCGUGUCAUGCCGGAGACAGAAACAGCGUCGGGAGCACCGGCAGCGUGGGCAGCACCCGCAGCGCUGGCAGCGGGCAGAGCACCGAGAGCAGCCACGCCCCCAACGGACUGCAACACCACGCCAGUCACCAUGACAACAAGGCGGCGCCCUCUGCUGUUGAUCCGGGGCAGUCUGCAGACCUCAGCAGGCCAGCCGAUCAUCCUGCAGGUGGGACUCCUCGGAGGCAGACGGUGACGGUGCAGAGACCCGCAGAGCAGAGCUUCUCCCAGCAGUUUGUUCGUCCUCAGCAGCUGCUGGAGGGGAAGGAUGCAGAAGCCAUCUAUCAGUGGCUGAGUGAGUUCCAGCUCGAGCAGUACACCGGAAACUUCCUGAACGCUGGAUAUGAUGUACCGACCAUCAGCAGGAUGACCCCUGAGGAUCUCACGGCCAUCGGAGUGACUAAACCAGGACACCGCAAGAAAAUCUCCAUCGAGAUCAACAACCUGAACAUCCCCGAAUGGCUGCCAGAGUACAUCCCAUCUGAUCUCUGCGAGUGGCUCAGUGCCAUCGGCCUCCCGCAGUACCACAAAAAACUCUCAGAAAAUGGCUACGACUCCAUCAGCAUCGUCAAAGACCUCACCUGGGAGGAUCUGCAGGAGAUCGGCAUCACCAAGCUGGGCCACCAGAAGAAGCUGAUGUUGGCAGUUAAGAAGCUGUGUGACAUCCAGAGAGCAAUCCUUCAGGCUGAAUCAGGCCAAGGCACGCUGCGACGCAAAGGUCCCGGAGCCCUUCACCUGGUCGCCAUUGAGGCCGACGGUAGCAGCGAAUGCUCUUCGCCUCACACCCCGAAGAUGCUGACCUUCCAGGACAGCGAGCUGAGCGCCGAGCUUCAGACAGCAAUGUCAAGCCACUACGGAGGCUGCGAGGAAGGUUUGGCCAUCAAGAAUGCGGUGGGGAUGUCACAGAGCCAGGAGAGCAUUGACACCCGGUCCAGAGGUUCUGGACGCUCACAGGAGCCUCCUACAGCCUCCAUCACCCCCCAGAACUGGUCCCAGGAGAGCCUGGAAGGCAGCCCAGCCAAGGAGAGGAAUCUUCCUGAGGGAUGGGACCAGAGGCCCCUACAGCAGCAGCCUCUGCCAAAACAGGUUCCUCUGGGUACGGCCACUGUGUUCAAGUACCCGACCAUCCCAGCAAAGCCCAAACUGCCUGGAUCCCAAGGCUCCUCCCCUCACGGCUCCCCAACCCUGAAGGGGUUCAGUUACCUGCAUUCUCAGUGCGGUUCCACAGACCUGAACUCGUCUCCCAGACACGAGAACCACGCUAUGACCCUGACACCACCCAACAAGCGCACCCAGAGCAUGACCCGCUACGCUCUGUCGGACGGAGAGCCCGACGAGGAUGACGAGGAGCUGAUGCGUGCUGGAAACGUGCCAUCUUACGCCACUUUAACGCGCAAGCCCGGCCGCAGCCAGCUGGCUCGACUGCACCCAAGUCCAGACAAAAAUGGUAACGUGGGACGCAGUCAGUCGUUUGCUGUCCGUGCCCGGAAAAAAGGUCCCCCUCCUCCUCCCCCGAAGAGACUGAGCUCAGUGAGCAGCACCACCAGUGGCGAGCUAAGCGACAGCAGCACGACUUCGUCCUCUGGCGGCGUAGUGACUGACAGUCCGGGGAGUGUGCGCAGCAUCACAGCUUCCCUGGAAAGCGGCGCAGAGGGGAAGAGCAUGUCAGGGUCCUCACCAGAUAUUGUGCGGCACGAGGCUCUAUCUCCCUCCCUCAGCUCCGAGGCUGCAGGAGUAAGGAGGAGGGUGAAGAGCCAGUGUGUUUCCACCGAGAACAACGGCAGCACUAAACAGGACCGAGGGGUCAAAUCAGACUCCGAGGAAGAAGAGUCAAAAGGUCAUGGACUGGAACGCUCCUCUUCGCCUCAAAACAGCUCCAGCGAGUGCAUCCCCUUUGCCGAAGAGGGCAACCUGACCAUCAAACAGAGGCCCAAAGCUCCAGGUCCGCCCAGGGCCGAGACCGUGCUGGAGCCUCCUGAUAAGCCAGCGGCCAAGAAUCUGGAGGUGCCGGAGUUUAAUCUGAAGGAGUCGGACACGGUGAAGCGCCGGCACAAACCCAAAGACAAGGAGCAGGGAGGAGGGUCCCCCAGCAGAGAGGGAACAGGGGACACCGAGCCUGAGUCUGGCAGCAGCAGGCCUCCAUCCCAGAACCCGGAGGUCAGUCUAAGAAUCAGUGAGACCAGCGUGGAGAGGCCAGCCAGUCCAGCAACCGGUUCCCCCAUUAAACCUCCUCUCUCCCCAAAACCUGCUGUCGCCCCAAAACCUGUCCGGCACAGUCUGCUGGCUUCACAGGGACUCUUGUCUCCUACUGUGACCGUCAGUGUGGUUCAAAGUCUGGCCUUCACCUCUCCAUCCUCACCCGCCCACGGGCCUCCAGCUCCAUCCACUCAGGCCCCCCAGAGCCCGUCUCUGGCAGCUGGGAGGUCUCACAUAUAUGCAUUGGGUCCAGGUCUUCCCCCUCAGCCGUCCGUGGGGGUGGAGGUGGCUCAGCAGAGACUGGAUCAGACCAGCACAUCUCUGGCAGCAGCUCUAAAAGACGUUGAGAGAAAACUUACCGUGGAGAACAGCCCUGACAGUGGAGCGAACCAAGUGAGGUCUGCAGGAACCAUUUUGGAUGACAUCGGGAACAUGUUCGAUGACCUCGCCGACCAGCUGGACGCCAUGUUGGACUGAAAUAAACAGAAAGUCCAAUGUAAACCUCAGGAAGUGACAUAUGGAUUACGAAAAGGGCCUGCCCAGUGGGAGGAGCUACUGUCUCAGCCUGAACACCAGCACUUAGUCAAACAAAGUCGUCUACAUUUCUAACCCACAGCUGUGUCUGGUUUCUGGUUCCAGGUCGGCGCGGAUCUUUGGUGUCUUUUCAAAGAUAAACUAAGCUAACGUAGAAGGAGCACAGUGCACGGAGAAACCCUGAGCUGAGUAUCACUGUUAAACACGAAUACUGUAACGUAAAUUUUUAUGCUUCGGACGUCAAAGGGCACCCAAGUCUCGCCAUCACCUGCUGAACAGCGCCUGCUCCAGCAGCUUCCUGAUACAAGACCUGCUGCAGACCAUAAUACUGGUUACCAGUCAGAAUGAUUAAUAUUUGUAGGUUGAUGAUGAAUUAUGCCUGCAUGUAUGAAAUAAGAGUCGAGUUCAUGGUUGGUACCAUCUUUGCUGUCUGGAGCUGGGACCUUCCUGCUAGUAAUACUGAAUAAAUGUUGGAAACUCAUCGUGCUACCCCAACUGAAGCAGCUGAGUGGAACCAGAACCAGUUAGUUCUUACGUAAUAAAGACUCCGGCAGGCAGAGACGAGGUAAGCUCAGAAACUGACUCUUUCAUUCAGUGGCCUUCCGUUAACCUGAGGAUCGUACUACCAGAGCAGUCAUUUCCAAAUCAAGCAAAUGAAUCAUCAGAGGGCCCAAACUAAGCAACGGCAAACCACACCGACUGUAAGUGGGAAAUGAGACUAUUGACUGUGUAUUUCUGCAGGGAAGCUGAUGCCUUUUCCUUUUUUUAACCAGCAUCUAUUGGCAUCAAUGUCACUGCAUUAUAAAACACGUCCCCUGAAUUUUUUUUUCAGCAGUGGUAGCUACUGUCAUAGAGCACUGGCACCAUCUGUGGAACUUUUUGGCCUCUUUUAGCUCCUAGUUUUGGUUUCUGGAACAUUUCGUGUUUGAGUUUCCAGUAGCCGUACAGAAAACUCUGAAAAACACUAAAUUACUUGCUCAACAUCAUUUCCCUCAAGUGGUGGAGACCAAAAAUGGAGCUAAAAGAGAAUGGGGACAACACGUAUAGUCAAUAUGUGCCACCUGUGAGGUUCCCAAUCAGUAAGUGUAAACUUUUAAAAUGAAAUUUAUUUUCAAGUGACCAUUUAAAUAUAACUUUAUAUGCAAGCAGACUGAAUUUUCUGCUCAUUUCCUUUGACUGUGCUCAAAACCUCUCAUUCGUGUUCCUGAAAUCAGGAACUGUUGUAACCUGAAUUUCUGUCGUUAUCGUACUUUGUUUUCUUGCUGCUGAAACAAAACCUGGAUGGUCUUUGACUGGUUUUAGUGUGUUGAACCAUUUCAAAUUUUACCUUUGUAAUAUUUAAAGAAAUCUAUUUUAUACAGAUAUUAACCCGGUGUAAUAAGUUCCCGCUCAGUGUGUCUGCGAUGGUUAAAAAGACCCUUUUUCUACGCAUAUGUGUGUUUAUGAACACCUGUAAAAGUGCUCAACUGUGUUGUUUGUUCAAAGGGAAGAAAAGCAUAUUAAGCUCAUUUCACGUGUGGACAGCUGACAGCAGCAUGAGACACUUAUAUAUACAUGUUAUUUUUUAUAUUCAUUUUAGCCAAAUUAGUAUUUAAAUUAGCGUUAUCUAAAUAUGUAUAUUGUACACUAGUAGAGAUAUAUACAGGAGUACGUAUCCAACCAAAGGUCUGUACAGAUUUUCAUAAACAUUUCCUUUAAAAGAAAAUGAGUGAAAUUUGGAGCUGUUACCCAUCUCGUUAUUGUAAGAUGCUUAUGAAAUGUUAUUUUUGUGUCUAGCCUGCAGUGUAUGGAUACAGUGUCCAUAUUUAGCAUGCCAUGCUUGCUCUGAAUGUUUCAUUUGUGUUGACCCUGCGCUGACUGUUGUUGACCCGUUGUUUUGUGGUAUCUUUGUGAAUGAGAUGCUCGGCUUUGGAUUUGUGAUUCUCAGGAAAAUCCCUGAAUGCAUGGCUGCUCCAUGACUCCUGUUCCCAAUAUGAAAGAUUUAAAAUGCCAGACUAAGAUUUCCAUCUCAGCUGGCCAAACAGAUGGCAGCAGUACCACUGUUGUUUUGCUUAUUGGUAAAUCUUAAAAGGUUAGCAGCUCUGUGAUAUAAAACUUUUGCUGAAACGUGUUGGAAAUCAAAGUAACGUUCCCACUGUGGCUGGAUUACUGGUAAAUACUCCAUUCAGGGCCAGUAACAAAAAAAAGGUUUUAAGGUGGUGUUUGAAGUUUAACAUAGCUAUUUAUGAAGCACCCAAGCACUAACAUCCUUAACAGGUGUUACACACACAUAUAAAGCUGGAUAUCAUCAGCACAGAGGGUCAUGCAGCUGUAUUUUCAGAUAUUUGACUGUACGGGGCAAAUAAAGAGGACCCAGGAGGAUUCCCUGAGGAGUUCCCCACAAUAACGAUAGGCCAGUGCAUUCGUUAUGACAUGUCACCUUUUUAACAUUUUAGCAAUAAUUUUAAGCCUUUCACACAACCUGCUGUUGUCCAUCAACAUUUUAUAUCAGAGCUUAAACGUGUUACUUUAUUCCUUUACCUUACAGAGCUGUGUUGGAAAAACAGAAUCACUGAAACAUGAUGUAAAAGUAAUAUCUUCAAAAAUAAUCUCCAGAAACAGUAAAUAUGUAAUGGGUCAAAGUGUAGUGUGUUGUUGACCUGGAUGAUGUCUGUGUGUGCGCUGCUGCUUUUUUUGGAUGUUCUUUUGUCUUCUGAGCUGUUUGUUUAACCAUUAAAUAUACAUACUGUCCUGA